AUGGCAGACGAGAAGAAACCAGUCAUCAUUGUCGGCCAUGGCCUGGCUGGCCUCGUCGCAGCCUAUGAGUUGUCCAAGCGCAAAGUCCCAACCAUUAUUGUUGAUCAGGAAAAUGCCAACAAUAUUGGUGGUCAAGCCUUCUGGUCCCUCGGCGGCCUUUUCGUUGUCAACUCUACCGAACAGCGCCGCGUUGGCAUCAAAGACUCGCGAGAACUGGCCAUGCACGACUGGCUCAAUUCAGCGCAGUUUGACCGCGAGGACGAGGACCACUGGCCACGGCAGUGGGCAAAGGCAUUUGUGGAUUUCGCUACAGAUGAAAUGGAGGACUAUGUCAAGGGCCUCGGCCUGGGCUUCAUGUUCAAUGUUGGCUGGGCCGAGAGAGGCGAUGGAAGGGCUGGCGGCCAUGGCAAUUCCGUGCCGAGGUUCCAUCUUACGUGGGGCACCGGCCCCGAGGUUGUUCGAAUCUUCAAGGAACCCGUUUUGAGCGCUGCCAAGAAGGGCAUUGUGCAGUUUAAGCACCGUCAUGCAGUGGACGAGAUCGUUGUCGAUGAAAAGACGGGCCGAGCCAUUGGCGUCAAGGGCCGCGUGUUGGAAGAGGACGACGCUGCGCGGGGCGUCAAGUCGUCGCGCAAAGAGGUCGACACCUUUGAGCUCCGAGGCGCCGCUGUUCUGGUGUCGUCCGGUGGCAUUGGCGGCAAUGUUGAGGCCGUGAAGGCAUCGUGGCCGCUGGACCGGCUUGGUCCCAAGGUGCCUGAGCACUUUGUGGUUGGGGUGCCUGCUCAUGUCGAUGGGCGCAUGGUGGGCAUCUCAGAAAAGGCCGGGGCGCAUCUUAUCAAUCGCGAUCGAAUGUGGCACUACACCGAGGGGCUGCAAAACUGGAACCCCAUCUGGCCGGAUCACGGAAUUCGUAUUCUUCCCGCUCCCUCGUCUCUGUGGCUAGAUGCUUCCGGCAACAGGCUGCCGCCUUACUUGUUCCCCGGAUCAGACACGCUCGGCACGCUGAAGCACAUCUGCCACACGGGCCACGAUUACACAUGGUUCAUCCUCAACCAGACCAUCAUUGCCAAAGAAUUUGGCCUCUCGGGCUCUGAACAGAAUCCAGACAUCACCGGCAAGAGUGUCUGGAAGCUUAUCGGCCGAAUCUUUGGCGGCAAAGGGCCGGUCCCCGUACAAAAUUUCAUGAAGCACGGCAAGGACUUUAUUGUCAAGGAUACUCUUGAAGACUUGGUCGAUGGCAUGAACAAGCUUGCUGCAGAACGAAAUGGCCCUCCGCUGGAACUGGACAAGAUCAAAGAGGUUAUUGAGACGAGAGACUUGCAGUUCAACAACGCAUACUCCAAGGACGCUCAAGCCAUGUUGAUCAACAAUGGUCGGUCGUACUGGCCCGACAAGGCUUCGCGAGUGGCAAAGCCGCACAAACUCUUGGACAAGUCCAAGGGACCGCUCAUUGCCGUGCGCCUGAAUUUGCUCACGCGCAAGACUCUGGGGGGCAUUGAGACCAAUUUGCAGAGCAACGUGAUGCGCGCGGACGGGACCCCCCUUCCUGGUCUGUAUGCUGCCGGCGAGGUGGCUGGCUUCGGUGGCGGUGGUGUGCACGGCUACAAUUCUCUCGAGGGCACCUUUUUGGGAGGAUGCAUCUUUUCUGGUCGCGCGGCUGGGCGGGCGAUGGCGGAUGAAGUUGCUGGGACCCAGGCGCGGCUGUGA